AUGAAUUUUGAUCUGGACGAUCCCCUGGACGGUUUGCUGAGCGAUGGCAGCAACGAUAGCCUGUUCGGUAAUGAGGGGACGAAAAAACCGGCCAAAGCCAGCAAAACGAGUAAAAUGGAAGAUUUAUUUGGUAUCAAAUCGUCGGAGGGUCCGAAGAGUAUUACCAAACCGGAUCAAACGACGGGCUCUGGGGCUCCGGAUAGAAAUCAACCUGCAUCGCUGGACUACUCGAAGCCCUCGACAUCAGCGACCGUACAGCAGCCCUCGAGCUUAACGAGCGUGCAAGGGAAGAAAUCCGGAACACCGGCCAAAACGACGAAUGCCCCAGCACUUAAACCAAAUACACCUCAGAAGAAAGAGAUUUCAUUCGAUGAUAACGACCUGCUGUCGGAUCUGGGCUUCGAUCCCAAGAAACCCAAAUCCAAAUCGAGCAUCCUGGAUGAUAUUCUCGGUGGACCAUUGGUGGCUUCGACGAAGGAAGUUACGGCCAAGAGUGUGGUCGCCAAACCCAGAACGAGCCUUACGAUAACGAAGGAAGAAGGACCAUCGGCAACGACGACGAUGACGACAACAUCGGGGAAUCUGUCUCGUCAGUCGACGGAAACAUCGGAAAACGUACAAACGGAAGCCACGGUAAUGGGUGGAUAUGCGCCAAGUGGCGCAGGCUCAUCACUAGCACCCCGACGUAGUGGUCGUCGGCAAUCUUCCAUUUCAGCUCUUAACGAUCCGUUGGGUUUGUUUAGCACUCCCGCGGAAGACAAACCGGUGCGCCGUGAAUCGAGACCAUCGGCCAAGAAAGGUGGAGCAGAUUGGCUGGGAUUAAAUGAAGAUAACAAUGCGAAUGAUGUCGAUCCUGUCCCAGUGCUAUCGGUACCAAUUAGUAAACCUCAGCCACCGGUGUCCACCACUAGCACCACUGCGGCCAUUCCGGCUGCGACUGUAAAAGUGGUCGAAACAGUUGCUCCAACAAAGCAGGAAGUGCAGCCGAAAACGGAAGAAGAUAAAACCAUCCGGCCAUUGAUCGUACCUGAUCCUCAAGUAUUAUCAAGUACAAUGCAGAUUGUGAACGCAGAAACGGAAAGCGCCCUGAUGGUGAUGGAACAGCAGGACUUCCAGUUGUCCGUCGUUAAUCGGAUGAAAAAUCAAGAGAAAGCUCUGUAUGAUAUGCAGCAGAAGCAGAGAUCGGUGCUCCAGAAACAGGAAGCACAGUUUAACGAGCUGCUGCAGAAACAACUCCAACGGCACAGUGCCCUGGAGGAGCUGCUUUCGAAGCAGCAGGAGCGAAUCAAUGCCAACAUUCAGCUCAUCAUGAAUCAACCGGCCUCUGCGACAUUGCACUCGCGUCUCGAUAGUGGCGCACCGUUUAGCUCCUCAGUCGGUGCGACGCCCGAGGGCCAACUUGAUGAUCCACUUACCAAGGUAGAGCUGCAGACCGACGUGAAACGGUUGGAAAUGGAAAAGCUUCGGCUGGAAGAUCUGAUCGCCAACUUGACGACGAAUCAUGAGCAGGAGUUGUCGCUGCUCGAGGUAAGCUGCAAGAAACAAACGGGAUUUUUGGAAGAAAGCCUCAAGAUCAUGGAAGCACGGCUGAAAAAUGAUAAUAAGCAGCUGGAAGAGUUUUAUCAAACCAAAGUGCACACCCUCGAGCAGGAGAAAACGAAGCUGAUCGAAGAUCAUCUGGCGCAUGUGAAGGAAAUGGAGGAAAAUCAUCGAAAGGUUAUUGAGAAACUGAAGCAAGGGUACGAGGAAAGCUUGGAGCAACUGCGGCAGGACCAUCGGGAGAUGAUUAGCACGAUACGUGAAUCAAAGCUGCUGGAAUUUUCUGUCGUCCAGGAGAAUCAAUCCUACCUACAGAUGCUUAAGAAUGCCUCAAGCUACCUGGAGAAUGCAUCGGGCGAUCUGCAGCAGCUGCGUGACACGUUGCAGGAUCAGAUUGAGUUCAGCCAGAAGGAGAAAGACCUGCAGCUGAAGGCACGCGAGAAACAACUGGAGGAUCAGCAGAGACUCCUGGAGCGAACACGUGAGUCGGCUAAUGAAGAAAAGGUUCGUCUACUGUCUUUGGUGGAGCUACUGGAAAGCAAAGUUACAGAAAUGACAAAGGUAUCGUCCCAAGAACGUUGGGAAUAUCAGCAGAAGUGUGUCAAGCUCGAAGCGGAAAGGCAGGGCUUCGAGAAGGAAAAGCAAUUUCUUCGAGAACGAAAUCAGCACGAAGAGGCUCGUAUUGCCGAACUGAAACUGCUGCAAAUGGAAGAGCAUAAGCGGUCGCAGGAAAAGCUUGGCCAAGAACGGCAAGCGUUACUCGAGCAGAAGGUUAAACUCGAGACGAUGGCUCAACUGCAGUCCAGUAGCAGCCAGCUGAAGGGAACGACCUCGCAAGCGGAAAUAGACGCCGCGAUAAAAGUAACGGAAGAAGCGACUCGACAAGCGGACAAAGAAAAAGAUCGUUACUUACAACUGCAGCGUCAGUUUGAGACAAAACGUCGUGAGUUGCUAUCCCGGGAAGGCCAUUUACGCGAAAGGUCGGACGAGUUGGAAUCGGCCAUAGAACGGGCCCGGCAGAGGGAACGAAAUGCCGAGAAUGUGUACCGUAGCGUCCGGAAGGCGGAACAGAACCUGCAACUCAAGAUGCAGCUUGUGCAGCGACAGUUUCGUGAGGUGUCCGAGCGGGAAGAUCGCCUCGCAAAGGAAAAGAUCGAGCUCAGCAAGGAGCGGCUGGAGCUGCAAGCCGUCAGGCGGAAGCUACAGCAGACACGUUGCAGUCUGUGCAAGAUCGGUGAAAAAUCGCAAGAGAUCGGCGAUCUGCUCACCACCAACACCGACUCCGUAGCCGACGAUCUGAAGCUGGAGGCCAACUUUACCGAAAUGCAGCACCGGUUGGAUAGCACCGGUAUGAAGCUGGACCACUACUUCGAUAGUGAUGUCGAUCGGCAGAUGAAACUAUUUCUGCAGCGUAACCGGGUAGAUCAGUUGGAUCUGGCAGACUUGGAUGGUAUCUUGCUUGAUGAGCAGCAGGGCCGUCAAAGGGCCGUUGGAGAAGAUCCUGUUAUGUUCAAAAUAGACGCACUCUUAUCACCAGAGAAAUUCGAACCAGAUCAGAACGACGAUCAAAAGUGA